GCUGACCCUCUCUCGUCUCAUUUCAUCGACGGGAGAAAAUCCGAUAUCAUCUGAGAUUUCCAACAGUGUCAAAUUGAGAUGUCUACAGGAAUAUCCUCUGAUCUCCACCUCCAUCCUAGAGCUCUGAAUUUCUCCAAAACCUCCAAAUCUGGUUUAAGCAAUCGAAAGGUGUCUUUUUCAAGUGUCGGGUAUGCUCAGAACAGGAAAUUGAGCUGCAGUGUUUCCAGCACAGAGAAUGUAGCUCCUAAGGAUGAUGACAGAGGAAAGGAUAGACCUUUGGUUAAGAUGUGUGGCAUCACAUCAGCCAGAGAUGCAGCUAUGGCAGUUGAGGCUGGUGCUGAUUUCAUUGGGAUGAUUAUUUGGCCACAUUCAAAACGAUCCAUUUCUCUUUCUGUUGCAAAGGAUAUUUCCCAAGUGGCCAGGGAAGGUGGGGCCAAACCUGUUGGUGUUUUUGUUGAAGAUGAUGAGAACACGAUACUCAGAGCAGCUGAUUCCUCUGACCUUGAGCUUGUGCAGCUUCAUGGUAAUAGUUCACGUGCUGCUUUCUCGAGGUUAGUACGGGAAAGGAAAGUCAUAUAUGUCCUUAAUGCAAAUGAGGAUGGAAAGCUCCUGAAUGUAGUUCCUGAAGAGGAUGGUCAUCUCGCUGAUUGGAUUCUUGUGGAUAGUGCAACGGGUGGGAGGUACCUAGAUCAACUUUUAAGUUUCUUCGCACUGUCUCAUUGUAAUGUAUUCCUUCGAGGAACGAGUUACACAAUCACUCUAGUCCAUGAAACCGUUUGUCUUUCACAAGUGACUGAAAUAUCAAGAGUGUGAUAGGUUCAAUCAUAACAAUUUUCUGCUGUGGAAAAGGAUUUAACUGGGCUCAAUUCAAGUUACCUUCCGUCAGAAGCAGAAAUGGGUGGCUCUUAGCUGGGGGAAUCAAUCCAACAAAUGUUUCAGAAGCUCUUUCUAUCCUUCAACCUGAUGGAAUUGAUGUUAGCAGUGGUAUUUGCGGCAUAGACGGCAUCCAGAAGGAUAAGUCUAAGAUAAGUUCCUUCAUAACUGCAGUUCGAUCUGUACACUACUAAUGGCUUGCAAUAUAAGCCAAGGUAAUUUGUCUUGUAACUAUAGUUUCGAGCAUCAAAAUAAUGCACUCUCUUUUCAUCAGUAAUAAAGGUUUAAAUUAAAAUGUUGGGUUGCUUCAUCAGUCCAAACCUAGUCCACACAGACGAGCGAGAGGCAGCUGCUUUUGGCCCUUCCUUGAAGCCAGAGUCCAAUGAGACAAUAGACACAACACCUUUCAAACCCGUGGUUGAGAAUUUUUACAUGACAAACUCAAUCACAAGAGCCUCAAAGAUCAUGGCUCAGUGCAGUGCUUUGCUCCUCAAGAAGUGAUCUCUGUUUCCUAAUAUCUGUCUCCGUUGCUGUCUUCCUCUCUCUUGCAAAAUAAAGGUGCAGAUUCUGAGUUUGCUCGCAUCUUUACUGGUCGCGUGUAUCACUGAAUUUUGAUUUAGCUCGUGUAGAAUCUGUAAGUAGUUUACACAAUAAACACAUGUAAGGCAAUUUGGAAGAAAUGUCUGCUGUUUAAACUCUGCAUCCGUCAAUUGGAUGCUUGUGACAUUGUUUGUGUGUAUGUGUUCUUACUAGGAAGUUUUAUAUUCUGAACUUUUCAUGUGUACAAUUGCGUCUCUAUAUAUAAUUAUAGUUUAAUAAGUUUGCAAAAGGACAGAGUGUGAUAUGGAGUUUAGAGUUCUUGCUUCUUCUUAGUCCUCUUUUGUUUUUGUUUUUC